CUUAUGUUAACGAUCUUUACCAGUAUUGUUUAGUAGAUCAACAUGUACCAUGUACAAUAGAUGGCUACUCCAUUUCACCGUUCUAAGAGUGGGAAUGUUGACUCCUCUAGUGCUCUGGCUGGGGAGCACCCUCCAGUACUGGUGCUGUACCACCCCUCCAUGAAGACCCUGGCUAGAAGCCUGGUGCAUGUCACAGAGGAGAGGCUGCUCAAUCUAACUGAGGGGGAGAGACACAGGUAUCGACGUGUUGAGUUGUGUGACUGCAUUAGAUGGGGUGCCUUCAAGGAUAACUGGCCAGAUAUCUUCAUCGACAACGUGCAGGGAAUUGCAGGAAGAGAUGUGAUUCUGCUGGUGAGCUUCGACAAUCCAGCGGUGGUGUUUGAGCAGCUGUCUCUGAUCUACCACCUGCCUCGUUACCUCAUCCGGUCCUUCCGUCUCAUCCUCCCCUUCUUCCCCACCGCCACAAUGGAGAGGAUCGACAAGGAGGGACAGAUUGUGACAGCCAAGACAAUGGCCACACUGCUGUCAGCAAUUCCAUUGGCCGCUCGUGGGCCGGCUCAGAUCUUUGUGUUUGACAUUCACGCACUGCAGGAGAGAUUCUACUUCAGUGACACUGUGAUACCAAGGUUGCUGUCAGCCAUUCCCCUGCUGAUUCAAGUGCUGAAAAAGCUGCCUGACUCCGACAAUCUCUCCAUAGCGUUCCCUGAUGAGGGAGCCUGGAAGAGAUUCCACUCGGACCUGGACCAAUGGCCCACAAUCACCUGCAUCAAGGUUCGGGGGGAGGGGGACAACAGAAUGGUGUCUGUCAGAGAAGGUAAUCCUAGUGGCAGACACGUGGUGAUAGUGGAUGAUCUGGUGCAAACUGGAGGGACUCUUGUGGAGUGUGCCAAAGCACUACAUACGGGAGGAGCAAGCAAGAUCAGUGUCUUUGUGACCCACCCUGUCUUCCCUAAAGAGUCAUGGAAAAAGUUCAUGCCAAGGGACGAGUCCCAGGUCCAGUUUGCCAACUUUUGGAUCACUGACUCGAUUCCACAUGCUCUGGAGAUUGUCAAGAACCCUCCAUUCAAACUGAUCUCUCUCUGUAGUGUCAUUGCUGACUCUCUACUAGGCUAUGAUCUCGUUAUAUAGUAACCAACAACCCCGGCUCCAAUUGCAUUGUGAAUUUUUUUAAUGUUCUAGCUAGUUUAUAAUUAUGUAGUGAUAACCAGUACCCACCCUCCUCCUCCCAUGCAUUGUGAAUUUUGACUUUUAUAUACAUUAUGUUGAAACGAGUGUUUUUGAAAUAUCUCGUUUGCACAAAAAUAAAAUAAAUCAAGAGUUAAAUAUUCAUCA